ACGAACCCCUGGUUCAUGUUUAAUGAGAGAGCUUCGAACACGUCCCAACUUUUUUCUCAAGUUAGGACUUUGAGUUCUGCAAUUGCGCCUACCACGUUUCGGACCCGCCUCUUGACUAUUGAUUGUCAACCUCUCUCCUCGAACCCGGACCGAGUAUUGAUCACAGAGCUCUCACAGAGCGACCACGUCUGCAACGAUGCCUACCAUGUGGUUGUCAGACACACAAAAAAUCGGAGUAGCGUUCUGCUCGGGUGGAGGGUUUUUCCUCAUCGGCGGUGUCAUGAUGUUCUUUGACAGAGCUAUGUUAGCAAUGGGCAAUAUCCUCUUUCUAAUCGGCCUCACCAUCAUUAUCGGACCCCAAAAGACGCUCGCGUUCUUCGCACGAAAGCAAAAGGCAAAGGGCACGGCGGCGUUCUUUGGUGGGUUGCUGUUGAUUCUCGCGCGAUGGCCACUGAUCGGCUUCUGCGUCGAACUAUAUGGAAUCAUGGUGCUAUUCGGCGACUUCUUGGGCACAAUAGCCGGAUUCGCCAGGAGCAUUCCUGUCAUCGGUCCCUAUAUUGGCGUCCUAGUCGACCGAUCUGGUGUGGGCCGGCGGAACGCUGAGUUGCCUGUGUAAAGCCGAUGGUUAUAUAAAAUUACGUGUCAAAGAUUGGAAGACAAGCAUGAUUUCGAGCGACGUUAAAGAUAAAAGCUGUACUAUACGAAUCAUUAGACUGGUGCUGUAUAAAGGCGUUCUUUCUUUCUUUGCUUCUUUUUUGCAUUCUGUUUGCGUUCUUGUGGUAUGAAGUGUUU